CUUUUUGUGAUAGAAUGAUCAUUAGUCCUAAGCCCAUUCAGAGGUUCAACAAUGGGGUCGGCUCAAUUUCAGGGCCUUAUUACCCAAGCCCGGCUGCCCCUCGGUGCCACCAGCACCACUGCUCCGUCGCUGCGGAAUUUCAAAGGCAGGUUUGGCCUUAGGGCCUUGGCCCCAGGGAGGACGCCGAGCGCUCCACGGAAAGUCUCCGCCCGGCUCCCAGGGCGCACACUCGCGCGCACGUGGGGCCGAGGCCCUGGUCCCGGGGCCUCAGGGCCAGCAGGAGAGGGACCCAGCCGAGUGACAGCAGGAGGCGGAGGGAAGGUUGGGCCGGAAGGGGCCAGCUCCGCCCCGCGCUCCCUCGCCGCCUCCGCCCUCCUCUUCUCUCCCCUCGUGCGCUCCCUCUCCUCUCCCUCAGCUCCCCAACCCUCCUGCUGCCCCCUUCCCUCUCCUCCCGCUUCUCCCCAUCCAGCCUACCUCCCUUCCCCUCCUCUUCUCUCUCCUCCCCUUCCCUCCCCUCUCCUCUCCUCCCUCCCCUCCCCUCCAGUCGGCCAUCCCUCCUUCCUCCUCCCUCCUCCCUCCUCCCUCCUCCUCCCGCUCCUGAAGAGCGCGCCGCGUGGGGGACGGGCCGGUUACUUCCUCCAGCGACUGACGAGUGCGGUGUCGCUCCAGCUCAGAGCUCCCGGAGCCGCCCGGCCCGCGUCCGGCCUCCCCGAUAGUCUCUGGCCCGCGCCCUCGCCCUCGCCCGGCACGCACCGAGCAGCCGCGGGCCCCGAGCAGCCACCGUCCCGACCGCGCGCCGGCCCUGCCCGCAGCGGCGCGAUGAAUGAUUUCGGAAUCAAGAAUAUGGACCAGGUAGCCCCUGUGGCUAACAGUUACAGAGGGACACUCAAGCGCCAGCCAGCCUUUGACACCUUUGAUGGGUCCCUGUUUGCUGUUUUUCCUUCUCUAAAUGAAGAGCAAACACUGCAAGAAGUGCCAACAGGCUUGGAUUCCAUUUCUCAUGACUCCGCCAACUGUGAAUUGCCUUUGUUAACCCCGUGCAGCAAGGCUGUGAUGAGUCAAGCCUUAAAAGCUACCUUCAGUGGCUUCAAAAAGGAACAGCGGCGCCUCGGCAUUCCAAAGAACCCCUGGCUAUGGAGUGAGCAACAGGUAUGCCAGUGGCUUCUCUGGGCCACCAACGAGUUCAGCCUGGUGAACGUGAAUCUGCAGAGGUUCGGCAUGAAUGGCCAGAUGCUGUGUAACCUUGGCAAGGAACGCUUUCUGGAGCUGGCACCUGACUUUGUGGGUGACAUUCUCUGGGAACAUCUGGAGCAAAUGAUCAAAGAAAACCAAGAAAAGACAGAAGAUCAAUAUGAAGAAAAUUCACACCUCACCUCUGUUCCUCAUUGGAUUAACAGCAAUACAUUAGGUUUUGGCACUGAGCAGGCGCCCUACGGAAUGCAGACACAGAAUUACCCCAAAGGCGGCCUCCUGGACAGCACGUGUCCGGCCUCCACACCCAGCGUACUCAGCUCCGAGCAGGAGUUUCACAUGUUCCCCAAGUCUCGGCUCAGCUCCGUCAGCGUCACCUACUGCGCUGUCAGUCAGGACUUCCCAGGCAGCAACUUGAAUUUGCUCACCAGCAAUUCUGGGACACCCAAAGACCACGACUCCCCUGAGAACGGUGCGGACAGCUUCGAGAGCUCAGACUCCCUCCUCCAGUCCUGGAACAGCCAGUCGUCCUUGCUGGAUGUGCAACGGGUUCCUUCCUUCGAGAGCUUCGAAGAUGACUGCAGCCAGUCUCUCUGCCUCAAUAAGCCAACCAUGUCUUUCAAGGAUUACAUCCAAGAGAGGAGUGACCCCGUGGAGCAAGGCAAACCAGUUAUACCUGCAGCCGUGCUGGCCGGCUUCACAGGAAGUGGACCUAUUCAGCUGUGGCAGUUUCUCCUGGAGCUGCUAUCAGACAAAUCCUGCCAGUCAUUCAUCAGCUGGACUGGAGACGGGUGGGAGUUUAAGCUCGCCGACCCCGAUGAGGUGGCCCGCCGCUGGGGAAAGAGGAAAAAUAAGCCCAAGAUGAACUACGAGAAGCUGAGCCGGGGCUUACGCUACUAUUACGACAAGAACAUCAUCCACAAGACGUCGGGGAAGCGCUACGUGUACCGCUUCGUGUGCGACCUCCAGAACUUGCUGGGGUUCACGCCCGAGGAACUGCACGCCAUCCUGGGCGUCCAGCCCGACACGGAGGACUGAGGUCGCCGGGACCGCCCUGAGCCAGCCCCAGGCUCGUGGACUGAGUGGGAAGCCCAUCCUGACCAGCUGCUCCGAGGACCCAGGAAAGGCAGGAUUGAAAACGUCCAGGAAAGUCGCCAAGAAGCAGUGGCCUUAUUGCAUCCCAAACCACGCCUCUUGACCAGGCUGCCUCACUUGUGGCAGCAACGGCACAGCUAAUUCUACUCACAGUGCUUUUAAGUGAAAAUGGUCGGGAAAGAGGCACCGGGAAGCCAUCCUGGCGCCUGGCAGGCCGUGGGACGGGAUGGUUCUGGCUGCUUGAGAUUCUCAAAGGAGCGAGCAUGUCGUGGACACACACAAACUAUUUUUAGAUUUUCUUUUGCCUUUUGCAACCAGGAACAGCAAAUGCAAAACCUCUUUGAGAGGGUAGGAGGGUGGGAAGGAAACAACCAUGUCAUUUCAGAAGUUAGUUUGUGUAUAUUAUUAUAGUCUUAUAAUUGUUCUCAGAAUCCCUUAACAGUUCUAUUUAACAGAAAUUGUAUAUUGUAAUUUAAAAUAAUUAUAUAACUGUAUUUGAAAUAAGAAUUCAGACAUCUGAGGUUUUAUUUCAUUUUUCAAUAGCACAUAUGGAAUUUUGCAAAGAUUUAAUCUGCCAAGGGCCGACUAAGAGAAGUUGUAAUGUAUGUAUUAUUUACAUUGAAUAGACUUACAGGAAUAAGGCCUAUAGGGGGUAAUCCCUGCUUUUUGUGUUUUGUUUGUUUGUUUGUUUGUUUUGGGGGGUUUUCUUGCCUUGGUUGUCUGGCAAGGACUUUGUACAUUUGGGAGUUUUUAUGAGAAACUUAAAUGUUAUUAUCUGGGGUUAUAUCUGGCCUCUGCUUUCUCCUUUAAUUGUAAAGUAAAAGCUAUAAAGCAGUAUUUUUCUUGACAAAUGGCAUAUGUUUUCCACUUCUUUGCAUGCCUUUAAGUCAGUUUAUACACAAAAUGGAUUUUAUUUUUUAGUUUAACUGUGUUUCUCCAACAGCUCACCUCUCCCUGACCACCCAGCCAUUUCCUUCCUGUGCUCCACGUUCUUCUGUGUGAUUAAAAUAAGAAUACUAUUUUUGGAAAUAUGCAACUCCUUUUCAGAGAUCAGGAGGGAUUUAUGUAGCAGCUAUUUUUACUGCAAAAGUAAUUCACUGGAAAAAAAAUGUAAUUUGUAAGAAAGCUUUAUUUUUAUCUCAGCUCUAUGUAAAGUUAAAGUUACUGUACAGAGCUGAAGGAUGGGGGGCGGUAGGGGUCUUGAUGAAACCUCCUGAACUAAGCACAGUCUGUCCCAUCUUUGUUCACUCGUGUGUCUCAACCAUCUUAAUAGCAUGCUGCUCUUUUUGCUCAGUGUCCACAGCAAGAUGACGUGAUUCUUAUUUUCUUGGACACAGACUAUUCUGAGGCACAGAGCGGGGACUUAAGAUGGGAAAGAGAAAGCAUCGGAGCCAUUCAUUCGGAGAAAACGUUUUGAUCGAAAUGGAGACUUUUGUAGUCGUUUCAAAAGAGCACCUGAGUCAUGUGUGUUCCCGGCCUUUAUAAAUGACCCGGUCAAGUUGGUUUCAAAGUCCGACAGGCUUGUCUGUUUACUAGCUGUGUGGCCUUGGACCGGUGGCUGACAUCUGUAAAGAAUCCUCCUGUGAUGAAACUGAGGAAUCGGGUGGCCGGGCAAGCUGGGAAGAGCAAAGUCAGAGCUGCGAUGCCUCAAUACCCACAAAAGACCAUUCCCAGUAUACAUAAGCACAGGAUGUUUUUCUCAAGAGGGACAUAUUUAUCACUUGGACAUCUGUUUAUAACAUAAACAGACAUGUGACUGGGAACAUCUUGCUGCCAAAAGAGUCCUAGGCAUUGGCUCAUUGUAUGUGAGGUUGAACCACGUGAAAUUGACAAUAUUAGACUGGCUUUUAUCUACAAAGAAGGAGUUUCAUGGGGUUCAGCCUAAUAGUUAUGGAAACUACAGUCCUUAUAAACCAUUGGCAUGGUAAUAAACAGAUCUUAAGCAUAAAAAUUUUGUAAUUGGGCCUUUACUCUCUCAAUAAUAAAGUAUUUUGUUUAUAUAAA